AUGUCGAAUGCCCGCGUUCAUGGCGAUUUGAACAAUACAGAGGUCAUGCGAGACACCAACUUUUUGGUGCCGGACCCUGCAUAUGACGGGAAAACGUUGGCUAUACCUGAACAAGACGACGAUGCCGAUAUCAGAUCAAAGUACAGACCAUUCAUCUCGAGCCCGGAAGUGGCGAGCCGUGACUGGAUCUCGAAAUCAGAACUUAGCACUGCAUUGAAAAUGUCCGAAUCGGAUAUGGAAAAGACUGGAGGUGAUAGAUUGAAGAUUCUUGUGUUGUAUGGUAGUCUUCGUGAAAGAUCUUAUUCACGAUUACUGGCUUUCGAAUGCUCUCGUAUACUCUGGCGUCUAGGUGCUGAUGUUCGCGUGUACGAUCCUUCUGGUCUUCCUGUCAAGGACGAUGUUCAGCACCAACAUCCAAAAGUACAAGAACUUCGCGAAUUGAGUAAAUGGAGUGAUGGUCAUGUCUGGAUAUCUCCCGAACAACAUGGUAACCUUACUGCAGUCUUCAAGAACCAAAUAGAUUGGGUUCCGCUAAGUACUGGAUCUGUACGACCUACUCAAGGCCGCACAUUGGCUAUCGCACAAGUCUCGGGAGGCUCACAAUCAUUCAAUACUGUCAACUCUCUUCGAAUUCUCGGCCGCUGGAUGCGCAUGUUCGCCAUUCCCAAUCAAUCUUCGGUCCCAAUGGCCUACACCCAAUUCACCGAUGCACAAGAUCCGGAAGAUCACAACGCCUUCAUCUCAGCAGAAGGAGGAAGCAGACUCAAGCCUUCAGGAAACCGAGACAGAGUUGUGGAUGUCAUGGAAGAGCUAUUCAAAUACACCCUUGUCAUGAGACAACACUUUGAUCUCUUCGGCGACAGACACAGUGAGCGCAAGGAAAGAGAAGCAAAACGAUUGAGAGAGAUCGAAGUGACGAAGAAGGAAGAAAAGGCAGGAGUUGAAGGAAAUGCGACAAGUAUGAUCACGGCUGGAGUUGUGAACGGGAUCGAUGUAAAUGGACCAAAAUGA